UAUGUUGAUAUUUGUUAAGUGAAAAAAUGCAAAGAAUGUGAUGCUAAAAGUUAUUUUAGGCAUUUAGCACUCAUUCGAUUCGAAGACCCCAGUACAGACGUGAGGAUUCGCGCUUGAGCCACCAGUUCGAAUUUCGUUUAGCCUAUUUGUGUUUGUAUACUUGUUUCGUUUAGAAUAUACCUCAUAAAAUUUUAUGAUUAUAUUGAACUUCUGAUGACAGUGUCGCUUUAAUCUACCUGGUUGUUAAUCCAGGAUUAGCAGCUUGUAACAUGGAGUCUGUAUAAUUUGAUGAGGUAUAUCCUAAAUGAAACGAGAGUAUGUGUUGGGGUUGGGUAGGGGUGCUUUCACUAUAAUCUUAAAAAAUAAUACGUGGUCGUGGUCGAAACGGCUGAAAAAAAAAUUAAUUAUUAAAACAUAUUUGUAAGGAUACGCAUGUUUUAUUAUUUGAAAUUGCACGAUUAUUUGAUUUCAGUUGAACAUGGUCACGAUGGUAUCUUGUUAAAUUUUUAAACCAUUCAACCAUUUCAACCGUCAUCAUUUUGGUGGGUGCACUGUCAACCGAAUCGAAUAUUAGCCCUUUCCGUUUCUUGAAUUAAGGAUCACAGUCGCCUGCGUCGGAUCUCUAUCUGUGAGAUGUAUCUUUACUCUUCAUGUUCUCAAAGUCACAAAUACAGUGGAAUCGGGAUUGAGCGGUUGAGUCUCGCUGUGUCAGUCUCAGUAGUCGGCGCUGCAUAAGGCUGUGUGUUAACACACCCUCACCACCAAAUAUGUGAUCGUGUUUGUGAAAGUAAAAUGAGGAACGCAAAAAGAAAAACAAAGAAAAAGGUGAAAAGUGCAAGUGCCAGUGUGAUUUCAGAAACUCAUUGCAGCGAUGCCGGAAGCAGUAGCUCAUUUGAUGUUUUGGCUGCAUCAUCAUUUCCGGUCCGCCGACAACGGUUUAAAGACUGCAACGUGCAGCUGGAUAAAAUCGACGUUGUCAUGGCACAACACAAAAAAACACAAAAUUUUGAAAACUCACUUAUUGCCAAUGACAGUAAUGAUGUGCAUAUCGAUGACGUUUCUUUGGAUAAAUUUGGAGAGGAUGAAUACGAAAUUGUGGUUGAAAACCACAUACGAGAUAAUAUCACCGAUAUAAUAAACAACGUAAAUGUUGUUAACGAAAAUUCUGGAUGUGGAAGUGAAACUAAUAACAGUGCUGAAAUUAAACAAGAUUAUGAACACGAUGAUGAUGAAAUAACGAUAAAAUACGAAGUUAUAGAGAAAUAUGAAACUGACGAAACACAAAAUUUUGAAAACUCACUUGACAGUAAUGAUGUUCAUAUCGAUGACGUUUCUUUGGAUAAAGUUGGAGAGGAUGAAUACGAAAUUGUGGUGGAAAACCACAUACGAGAUAAUAUCACCGAUAUAAUAAACAACCCAAAUGUUGUUAACGAAAAUUCUGAAGUUGGAAGUGAAACUAAUAACAGUGCUGAAAUUAAACAAGAUUAUGAACACGAUGAUGAUGAAAUAACGAUAAAAUACGAAGUUAUAGAGAAAUAUGAAACUGACGGUAAGAAAACAUGUAACAAGUAUCCCAAAAAAAGGAAUUUUUGUAUUUUUUGUAAAACCUUGAAAACGAAUAUUGCCCGACAUUUUGAAUUAGUUCAUGAAGAUAGAGAGGAAGUACAACAAUUUCUACAACUGCCAAAACAAUCCUCAACAAGACUAGGAUUGAUUUCAGCCUUACGGAAGAAAGGCAAUUUUGAGUAUAAUAUUGAAAAUACUGAACAACCUAUUUUAAUUAGGAAAAGACACGCAUUACAGCCAGUACAAAAUCCAAGUGAGUACUAUUUGCCAUGCUCCACCUGCUUUGGUUUUUUUUCACACCAAGCGUUGGCAAGACAUCAUCGAAAAUGUAGUGUACGGAAAAAUCAAGGAACUAGAUCUAUAAAAAGAAAUUCGAGAAUGACUAUUACUAAGGUGCACCAUCUCACGAAUCACGUUCUUAAGAAAAAGAUACUUCCACCAAUGAGAAGAGAUACUAUUUUUAAUACGUUAAUUAAAGACAAAUUAAUAAUUUUAUACGGCAAUUAUUUGUCAUCAAAAUAUACAGGGCAUCAAGAAUACAGGGUUAGAAAUCAUUUAAGAUUUAUUACAAAAUAUUUCACAACAGUUAAAUCGUUAUGUCCCAAAAUACUGUACUUCUCUACAUUAUUCAGACCAACAUAUUUUGAUAUUGCCAUUGACGCCAUUCUAAAAUUAUUAGCAUCUUCCGAUGGAGUAUAUAGAAGUCCAAAAUCAGCGCUACAGUUAGUGCAUAUGCUGAAAGUUUGUUGCAAUGUACUACACUGUCGAUACAUAAAAGAAGAUAAAGUUGAAUUUCAAAAGCGUGUAAAAGAAUUUUUAAAACUUUUAAAUACUGAAGCCCCGACAAGGAUUAACAAACCUGCUCUGAAACGAGAAUUAGAAAAUAAACGAAAACAAAUAAACUUACGUCAAACAAAAAUUCCAUUAACAGAAGACGUAACUAAAUUCAAAGAAUAUUUGAUAGAGGAAGCAGACAAAUUUUAUAAAUCACUAAUUUUUAACGGAUUUAAUUUUGACAAUUGGAAAAGUUUGGCCGAAGUGUUAGUGUUAUACAUAGCUGUUUUCAACAGAAAGCAAAGUAGGGAGACUCACAAAGUAUUGGUGGACGACUUUUUAAGCAUGAUAAAACUAAGUAACACUUCUUUGCCUGAGACCUACGAGAACUUAAGCCCAGAAGAAAAAAGUUUGAAAAAUGACAUCUAUAAAUUAACACUCAGAGGCAAACUGGAUUCUGUUGUAACUGCACUGAUACCAAACAAAGUUAAGUUGUAUUUAGAUUACGUUCAUGACCAUAGAGAAGAUGCAGGUGUUUCAAAUGAUAAUCCGUACUUGUUUGGAAUUCCCGGAAUGAUGUCUGGAGAAAGAUUCAAAAUAUUAGAAACUUGUACGUUGAUGCGAAAAUACACAAAACUUGCACACCUUCAACAUCCAGAAACUAUUAGAACUACACUCUUACGAAAACAUUUAGCGACGCAAGUGUCAGCUAUGAAUUUAGAAGAUGCGAAACAAAAAACAGUGAUGGACUUCAUGGAUGAUCAAGAACAGACUCAUAAAAAGUAUUAUCGUCAAGAAAUUGUAACACAAGACUUAAUGUUGCAUGAGAAUUUGACUACAAAAAUUGCUGUUGAUGAAAACAAACAACCGGGGGUUUCACAUGAAAAAUCCUGUUCAUCGGAAAUGUCACAGACAUUAAAACACGUCAGUAGCACAAAAGUGACAAAUGCGAAUUUAAAUAUUAUAAAUGAAAGUAAUAAUUCCCAACCGGAAUCUGAUCUAGACAGCAGUAGUAGUUACAAGAUUGCUAGCGAAAUUUCAAAUGAUUCUGAACAAAUAAGAAAGGGAAAUAAGCAACGAAGAAAUAGAAUUAAAGCAUGUAGGUAUAUGUACAUUGGAAUGAACUAUAGGAUGUGGUCAACCCCGGAACGUCAAACAGCUAGACGUGUAUUAGGUAAUUUCAUUAAAAACCACACAGCUCCUUCAGAAGAAGAAUGUCGAAAUAUUCUACUUCAAGAACCCUGUCUCAAGAAUCGAACGCCACUACAGUUAAAAGCAUGGGCCUACAAUCAAAUUAAAAACGUUUACUAUCGAAAGGGACCCCAACAACGAAAGCGAUGGACUACGCCGGAGAAAGCCAUUGUAAGAAAUGUUUUUUCAAAUUACAUCAACCAGAAAACUUAUCCUUCGAGUGAAGAGUGUAGAAGAGUCUUAGAACUAAAUCCAGAAUUACAAGGCAGAACAGUACCUCAGAUAAAAAGUUUUUUACAGCAUGCAGCUACCAAACAUUAAUUUCAGUGUUAUUCUCUUGCUUCAAUAAAUCGAAUAAUUGUCAG